AUGUCCGAUGAUGGCACGAUGAGAGUCUCUGAGGAGCCAAUGGGUGCAGAUCCGGCCAACUCGCGCGGCGAGAUGCAGCACGGGCAUGCCGCUGCGCAGACGAGGCUCAAGAACCGACACCUGUACAUGAUUGCCAUGGGAGGAUGCAUUGGCACGGCGUAUCUGGUCGGCUCCGGCAGGACCCUGAGCAGAGGCGGCCCCGCGCUCGCUCUCGCCGGCUUCGUCACCACCAGCGCCACGGUCUGGGUCUUUGCGACGCUCAUGUUCGAGAUGGCCGCGUGCAUGCCGCUGCACGGCGCCGGCGCGGACACGUACGCGACGCGGCUCCUCUCCCGGUCCUUUGGGUUCGCCAUGGGCUGGAACUACUGGUACGCGUACGCGAUGCUGGUGCCGUUCGAGGUCACCGCCGCGACGCUCGUCGUCGGGUACUGGAGCCCGCCCGUGCCGGACGCCGUCCUCAUCACGAUCCUCGUCGUCGCCGUCGCUGGGCUCAACUACCUGCCGGUCGGGCACUCGGGUGAGGCCGAGUUUGUCUUUUCCUCGCUCAAGCUCGGCAUGCUCACGGGCAUCAUGGUCUUGUCGGUCGUCGUUGCCGCGGGGGGCGGGCCGACGGGCGAUCGCCUGGCGUUUCGGUACUGGCGCGAUCCCGGCCCGGCGAACCCGUGGCUCGUCGCGGGCGGCAAGGGCGAGCUCGUGAGCUUCAUCGGCGUUCUUGUCAGCGUCGUUCUCCCACUCUCCUUUCUGGGCGAAAUGGUCGCCAUGUGCGGAGGCGAGACGGAGGAGCCGCGAAGAACGAUUCCCAGAGCGUCCAGGGCCCUCCUGGCGCCGGGGCCGGGUCGUCGCCUUUCGUCAUUGGCAUCAAGGCGGCGGGCAUCCCCGUCCUGGACCACAUUGUCAAUGCCGUCAUCCUCUGCUCGGCGUGGUCUGCCGGCAACGUCUACAUGUACAUGGCGUCGCGCUCCAUGUACUCGCUCGCCGUGGCGGGCAACGCGCCCGGGAUCUUUGCCCGGCGCAACAAAUGGGGCGUGCCGCACUGGGCGGUCACGAGCUGCACGGGGCUCGCCCUGCUCGCCUAUCUCAACGUGA